AUGCGUGCACACUUGAAUAAACCCUUCUCAGAAUUUCAUUUCUGCGUCGGUGAUGAAACCAUACCAAUUUUUAAUGAUUCUAGAAUAAUGUUGCCUAAGCAUCUCAUCAUUCCAUUCAUUGAUGACCAGUCCUCACUUGAUACUCUGAUAAAAUCUGUGUUUUCUGAUCUAACAGUUUUUGGUCCAAAUUUAUUGCUUACUGUCAAUAAGGUCAUACUAACCACUAGAAAUGAUUUUGUUCAUGAAAUAAAUAAUGUUCUCAUUUCACAGUUUCCUAGUUUACAGCAUACAUAUUUUAGCCAUGAUGAAACAGUUGAUAUAUCAAAACAGGCAGAGCAUGAAGAUUUUUUGCAUUCACUUGAACUUCCAACCUUACCACCACACGAAUUAAUCCUCAAAGUCAAUUCACCUGUCAUUUUGCUUAGAAAUCCAAGAGAAGGGCUAUACAAUGGUACAAGGUUAAUCUGUCUUGCUUUCAAUGGCAAUGUCAUUCAUGCAAUGAUUGCUGUUGGAAAUCAUACUGGAAAAGAAGUUUUCAUUCCAAAAAUAUCAUUGCAAUGUUCUGAUCCUCAUGUCUAUACAAUUUCUUUUAAAAGAACACAAUUUCCUCUAAAGCUUUAUUUUGUUGUGACCAUUAACAAAGCAUAA